AUGGAGGACGUUCUCAAGGCGGUCUCGGCCGGCGGCUCGUCCAUCAUGCCGCUGUUGGCGCCGCAUCUGAGCAGGCAUUUGCUGUUCCCCCUGAUCCAGUUCGAGGGCGACCAGGCCGAGGAGAAGGGCGACGACGAACUGGCCAAGCAGAUCCUGUCGGGCAAAAUCAAGCUGCUGGAGGACACCAACAUGACCGACUACGUGGCGACGCUGUACUGCGACCUUCACGGCGUGGCGGACCCCCCGGCCGAGUACACCAAGAAGCGGCAAGAGGUGCUGUCGCAGCUGGAGAAGUACGAGCAGGCGACGGCCAAGAUUGCCGAUCUCUUGACGCAGGACGACGUCGUCAACGGCCUCAGGAGCGACAAGGUCGCCAACUUGGAGUUUCUCAAGAACCAGCACGGGGUUACGAUGGAGAUGGUCAACGCGCUCUACGACUUUGGCCAGUUCCAGUUCCGCUGCGGCCAGUAUGGCCCGGCCGCCGACAUGCUGUACCAGUUCCGAGUCCUCUCGACCGACAACGAUAAGGUCUCGGCGUCGACUUGGGGGAAGCUCGCAUCCGAGAUCCUGUCCACCAACUGGGAAUCUGCCGUUGACGAACUGAAGAACGUCAGGGAGAACAUCGAUACCAAGCUUUUCAGCAACCCCCGCGCCCAGCUCGACCACCGCACCAUGCUGGUGCACUGGUCCCUCUUCCCCCUCUUCAACUUUGACGGCGCCAGGGAACCCAUUCUCGACAUGUUCUUCUCCGCCGCCUUCAUCAACACCAUCCAGACGUCCUGCCCCUGGAUCCUGCGGCACCUGAUUGCCGCCGUCAUCACCGGCCGCACGCGCGCCCGCAACAGCUCCAUCCAGCAGAAGCAGCUCAAGGACAUUGUGCGGUACGUCCGCCAGGAGGCCUAUGAGUACUCGGACCCCGUCACCCAGUUCAUCCACGCCCUGUACAUUGCGCACGACUUUGACGCCGCGCGCGACGCCCUCCGCAUGGCCGAGGAGGUCUGCCGCGCCGACUUCUUCCUCGCGUCGUCGGCCGACGCGUUUGUCGGCGCCGCCCGCCACCUCAUCUGCGAGAGCUACUGCAAGAUCUUCAGCCGGAUGAACAUCCGUGACCUGAGCGGCAAGCUGGGCCUCAACCCCGACGAGGGCGAGAAGUGGAUCGUCAACCUGAUCCGUGAGACGCGGCUCGACGCAAAGAUUGACAGCAAGGACGGCACCGUCAUCAUGAACCACCCCCCCAACAACGUCUACCAGCAGGUGAUUGAGAAGACAAAGGGCGGCUUCUUCAGGACUCAGGUCCUCAACGCCGCUGUGUCAAAAUAA